AGGGCGGAGCGGACGGGAGACUCAGUCAGGGCAUCUGGGCGGGAAAGAACCGGCGAGGCGGCUUCAAAAAGGCGCCUCCUUUCAUUCUGUUCGCACCGGCUAAGAAGGCGCGUUGCUGGCGCUUCUUCCUGGCAGUUGCUCCUCCCUUCGUGUCUCGCUGCUUGCUUUUGUUCUCUGAGAGUGAGGCGGCUGCUGGCGAUUCCUGCAACUUUCUCCGCGCACAGCUCGGCGAUGACUGAUGGCGAUGAAGCGGCUGAUCCGGGGCUUUCUGCUCGGGGAGUCCGCAUCGCUGGCACAGCCAAGGGGCUGUUGGAUAAGGGCUUUGAUAUGUACAUCGGGAAUCCCUUUGACGCCGAUCACAACCCUCAGGGCAUUCUGAAUUUUGGAACAAGUGAGAACAAACUUUGCUUUGAUUUAAUACAGGAAAGGCUUGGAAAACCUGACAUGAAUUAUCUGGAGCCUCAUUUACUGCAGUACUCAGAUGCACAAGGCAUUAAAAGCUUUAGAGAAGAAAUUGCCAAGUUUCUUACUACAUAUGCAAAAGCUCCAACAGUACUAGAUCCGGAUCAUAUUAUAGUGUUGAAUGGCUGCUGUGCUGUCUUUGCUACCCUUUCGACUGUGUUAUGUGAUCCUGGAGAUGGAUAUCUGAUCCCUGCCCCAUAUUAUGGUGGAAUAAAUUCCAAAACAUGGCUAUAUGGUGGAAUGCAACCUAUUCAUGUGCCGUUGUUCAGCGAGGUGACUAGUGAAGAAAGUCAACCAUUUCAGUUAACAAUUGAAAAAUUAGAAACUGCGCACCAGAGAGCCAUGGAGCAGGGCAUCCGAGUCAGAGCAUUAAUCCUGAUCAACCCUCACAAUCCAUUAGGGGACAUUUACCCAGCACAGUUACUGAAAGAAUGUCUAGACUUUGCGCACAGACAUAAAUUGCAUGUAAUAAUGGAUGAAAUUUACAUGUUCUCAGUAUAUGGUGAUACCACAUUCACAAGCAUCCUUAGCUUAGAGAGUUUGCCAGAUCCAGACCGGACACACUUUAUGUGGGGAUUUAGUAAGGAUUUUGGCAUGUGUGGUAUCAGAGUUGGAGUAUUAUACACCAGAAAUCGUGAGAUCAGGAAAGCAGUUAAUCAGCUGGCUGUUUUCCAUGGAUGUCCUGGACCUGUGCAACAUGUUCUCAGCCAGUUCCUUCAUGACAGAGAAUGGCUGGACAAUGUGUUUUUUCCAAUGAAUAAAAGAAGACUUAAGGAAGCGAAGAACAUUCUUGUGGAUGGUCUUACAGAGAUGGGAAUACCUGUUUUAAAAAGCUCAGGAGGAUUAUAUGUGUGGGCUGACUUCAGAAAAUUCUUAAUGUCACAGACAUUUGAAGCUGAAAUGGAUUUAUGGUGGAAAAUUCUUGAUGAAAAGCUUUUAAUUAGUCCUGGGAAAGCCUUUUGCUGUUAUGAACCUGGAUGGUUUAGGCUAGUCUUCUCCGAUUCUAUAGAUAAGAUUUACCUGUGUAUUCAGAGACUUCAGCAAAUGAUACAUCGUAAGAUGGAUGAACCCACUUCCGUAGGUUCAUCUUCUAAAGAAAAUGAGUGCACAGAAUCAGAUGAUGAGCCUUCAGCUAACUACAUAAAUACAUCAGUGGACAAUGCCUCAGAAGGAUAUUCACACUUGAAGAAAAUAGCUGUCUUCUAAGACCUUGAAUGCUAAAACAAAGCAUGGUAUCUCUUUACUUUAUCGGUGUGACUCCCCUUUCUUUAAUUCUAGUCUAGCAGAUACGCAUUUAUCUGUUGUAACCUGUGGUUACUUGACUGUGUGGACUACGACUAGAGCUUCUCCUCUAACAAUUGGCAGGCUUUGUUCUGUAUUCUCUACACUGUAAUACUUAGCUCUUUCCCUUAGAGCACUCUGGGCCAAAUUAGAUGCAACAGUGACAGCCACUAAUGGAGGUUUUCUUCUACUGUGGAGCUAAGGCCAAAGGUAAUCCCAAAUGGAAGAAAAAUAGCUGGAAAUGUGAGUUGGAAGCAUGAGCAGAGUGGGGAGAGGUUCAGCACCUGCCACUCACCUUUAAUGUACUUUAAAAUUGACCAUACUUUUAUUGGAGCUCAAACUGAGCAACUCUAAAUCUCAUUUCCCCCUUUAUAGUAAUUCAAGUUAGGUCAUGCUACCAUCUUAUUUUAAAGUAUUUGAACUUCACUGAUAUUCAAGUCAAGCAUGUGGCUAUGCUUUGAAUAUGGACAACCUUCUGAUUUGGACUGAAUGAAUGUUGACCUACUGAGAGAGAAGCAAUAUCUUUUGUAUGUAAAUAUCUUAGGAAAUGUUGAAUCAACUGAUAGUUAUCAAAUUCUGAAUUGGUCAACUGGCAAACUAUUUAUAAUACACAGGAAGUCCUAUAAAACACACUCAAGCUUAAGUUUUCUGAAUGUACCCAACUGUACCUGCUUUCUAAGAAAGUGUCUAAAUCUUCUGGUUUUCAUUGUUAUUUCAAAGGCAUCAUUUGCAUAUUGUGGUGUUGUGUAUCAUUCUGGCAAAAUCAUCUGUUUUGCUCUUUAACAUUAUAAAUACUUUUUACAAGCAUAUGGCUGGUU